AAUAUAUGAGCCAGCUGAUGUAGAGCACUCACUAAACCUGGAGAACCGCAGGAGUGACGGCUGGAGAACUGAAGAAGAACAAUGAGUAACAUGGCAAGAGAGAUCCUGGCGUUUAUCCUCACCACCUCGGGGUGGGUGCUGGUGUCCUCCACCUUACCUACAGACUACUGGAAGGUGUCUUCAAUCGACGGCACAGUUAUCACCACAGCCACCUUCUGGUCCAACCUGUGGAAGACCUGUGUGACCGAUUCUACUGGAGUCUCCAACUGCAAAGACUUCCCUUCAAUGCUGGCGCUGGACGGUUAUAUCCAGGUGUGUCGGGGACUGAUGAUUGCAGCAGUCUGUCUGGGUUUCUUUGCUUCGAUCUUUGCUCUGAUUGGCAUGAAGUGCACUAAGAUCGGUGGUCCUGACCAAACCAAAGCCAGAAUUGUCUGCUUGUCUGGGAUCACCUUCAUGUGUACUGGUCUGUGUUCUCUCAGCGCCUGCUCUCUGUACGCUCACAGGAUCACGUCCGAGUUUUUUGACCCCAUGUUUGUUGCGCAAAAGUAUGAACUGGGUGCUGCCUUGUUCAUCGGCUGGGCCGGCUCGACUCUGUGCAUCCUCGGAGGGGCACUCUUCUGCCUGUCACUGUCUGAUGGCAUGAGCAGCAAUUCUCCAUAUCCAUCGGACAGAAGAGCUUUCGUCAACAGUGGAGCGUCUUUAAUGACUCGUGCGAUGCCACAGAGUCAGUCGUCUCACACCAGGAGACCUCCGCCAGGAUACAGCGGCACUUCCAAACACUUCGACAAAAACGCCUACGUAUAACACUCACGGCUGACUUCAGCCAUCCACGCCUCAUCCACGCCUCCCGCUGAUGUCUAAUAUCUCACUGGUAUCUUUUGUUAGCUUAUUAAGUGCCUUUGGAUGGCCAGCUCAGAUGACUUGUACAGAUGCUGUAAUCGAAGUUUGGUCAGGAUUAUAAUUUGCAAUUUUGAAGACUCUGGCACAUGUAAUGUGAUUUCAGCUCCACAUGUAUGUUUACGCAGCGCUGCAUGUGAUUAUGUCAUCUGUUGAUAGUUGUGCUGUACUCGAGCAGUUUUGGGUGACUCAUGGUGGUUGAUCAUGAUUUUGAGUUGGUUCAAAGCAGGCCAGAUUGAAUUAUGUUUCUGGAAACUAUCAAAUGAAAUGACACUUU